UCCUCAAGCAUUCGAGAACCCAAUAGACAAACAGAAACUCUGUCGUUGUCCGCAAGAAGAGCAAGACUCCCCACACCGUGUUCUGCAAACAUAUAUCAUCUUACAAACCUAAAUCUCUGGAGAUUCUUUAAUUCUUUAUAUAAGAUCCUCUGAAAUUAAAAAAAGAAAGGUUGCCUCUUUGGAAAGAGAAAUGGGCGGCUCCUCGGAGACAAAGAUCUUGCAAGAACUCAUACUCUACGCGGCGAGCGCUGCUCUCAGCUGCUUAGUUCUGUUCGCCGGCCUCAAACAUCUCGACCCUAAUCGCGAAGCCUCAAAGAAAGCUUUAGAGCAUAAGAAAGAAAUCUCCAAGCGUCUAGGUCGUCCUCUUAUCCACACCAAUCCAUACGAGGAUGUAAUAGCGUGUGAUGUGAUAAAUCCAGACCACAUUGAUGUGGAGUUCGGUUCUAUUGGAGGAUUAGAGACCAUCAAGCAGUCUUUGUACGAGCUUGUGAUCUUACCCUUGAAAAGACCUGAGCUUUUUGCUUAUGGGAAGCUCCUUGGACCUCAGAAAGGUGUUUUGCUCUAUGGUCCUCCUGGUACUGGGAAGACAAUGCUUGCUAAGGCUAUUGCUAAAGAAUCAGGAGCUGUUUUUAUUAACGUGAGGGUUUCUAAUCUGAUGAGCAAGUGGUUUGGUGAUGCUCAGAAGCUUGUUGCUGCUGUGUUUAGCUUGGCGUAUAAACUCCAGCCUGCUAUCAUUUUUAUCGAUGAGGUUGACAGCUUUCUUGGUCAGCGCCGUUCGACGGAUCAUGAAGCAAUGGCGAAUAUGAAGACUGAGUUUAUGGCUUUAUGGGAUGGAUUCUCCACUGAUCCGAAUGCGAGGGUUAUGGUUCUUGCAGCAACUAACAGACCGUCAGAGCUUGAUGAAGCGAUACUGAGGCGGCUUCCUCAGGCGUUUGAGAUUGGAAUGCCUGAUCGUAAGGAGAGAGCUGAGAUAUUGAAGGUGACAUUGAAAGGAGAGAGGGUGGAGCCUGAUAUUGACUUUGAUCACGUGGCUCGUUUAUGCGAAGGGUAUACAGGAUCAGACAUCUUUGAGCUCUGUAAGAAAGCAGCGUACUUCCCUAUCAGAGAAAUACUAGAGGAAGAGAGAAAAGGGAGACCAUGUCCUGUCCCUAGGCCACUAUCACAGCUUGAUUUGGAGAAAGUUCUAGCUACGUCAAAGAAGACGCAAGUAGCAGCAGGAGAGUACUCUGGGCUGAGAGUGUCAAGGGAGCCAGAUGAGGUCCAAGCAGCGAUAAGUGGAAUCUCGAAGCUGCUAGUCUCUCAAUUCAUUAACAUUCAGUCAGAUUCUCAGGGUUCGUGGCAGCGCGACGAACCUGAAGAAGAUUCCUGAAAGUAAUUACGGAUCAACUUUUUUAUUUAUUUAAAUGUUCUGGUUUCAUAUGGGAAAAAGUUUAGAGCUUUUGCAACAGUUUCACUCUGUUCUGUAAUAGUGUCUUUAUAGAAUGAUUUAUAAUUUCUUCUUUUUUUUUUUGCUGUUUA